AUGACGAUCUUCACUACUUUGGGAAUGUUCAUAAUAGAUGAAAAUCUUUACAUAGACCCGCCAGCACCAAAGCAGGCCAAUAUCAUUGGUGGAGCAGGUACUUAUGCCAUGAUCGGAGCACGCAUAGUGUCACCACCGAAACUAAGCCAACAAAUCAGUGGGAUCAUUGACGAAGGGACAGAUUUUCCUUCUCUGGUUCACGAAGAAAUAGAAUCCUGGCAAACAGGUGUUGUAUUCAGACGAAAUUAUCAUCGGUUGACUACUAGAGGUGUCAACACAUACAUCAAGGGAAUUCGUCAUUUCCAUUAUAAGACUGAGAAGAGAAGGAUUCAAGUUGAGGAUAUUUUUCAAUAUGAUGAAUUGAAAUAUAGCAACUGUUAUCACUUGAUUUGCACAAUCGAGAGAUGCCGAGAUAUAAUAGAAAAGAUCAGCAAGGUGAAUCCUACAGCAAAGUAUAUCUACGAGCCCUUUCCUGAUGACUGCAUUUCUUCGAACUAUGAGAAAUUACGAGACCUAUUAUCGUUGAUUGACGUAUUCACUCCUAAUUUAGAUGAAGCUUCUGCUUUCGUUUCCAAUGGCAACAAAUUGAACGCUGCAGAACUUUGCUCAAAGUUUACGCAAUACCAAAAGUUGGCCAACUCAGGGACUGUUAUUCGUUGUGGUGCAGAUGGAUGUUGCAUUAGGACUAUUUCUGGCAAGCUAUAUAAACUACCCGCCUAUCAUCAAAACCAGGCUGAUGUGAUUGAUGUUACAGGAGGUGGAAAUUCGUUUUGCGGUGGGUUCAUGAUGGGGUGGUAUUUAAGCCAACAUGAUUGGGAAGUAGGUGGAGUAUGUGGGAAUAUCGCAAGCGGAUGCAUCAUCGAAAGGCUAGGUAUGCCUAAAGUGAGUGAGGAUGGAAUGAAAUUCAAUGGCAAAACUUUACAAGAAAGGGUCGAUAUCUACCUACGAAAUAAUGAAGAAUUGAACGUAAACUUAAAUUGGAUAUGA